UUUCAUUGAAUAGUACCGUUGAUAACUGUUUGAAAAGUAAUAGGAAGAAUGGCAGCUGCUCAACCCAGAAAAAUUGAUUUGACAAAGCUUCAACCUCAGCAAAUAGUGGAGUUUCGUAAAUCCACUGAGGAAGAAAUUAACCAUUUCACUCAGUCAUUACAAGCUUUACAAGCAGCACAAACCAAACUAAAAGACUGUAUUACCAGUGUUGACAGCAUGGAGAGCUCCAAGGGAGAGGAAUUGUUGGUUCCGUUGACCAGCUCAUUAUACUUGCCUGGUAAAAUAACUCAAAAAGAUGAAUACUUAGUCGAUAUUGGUACUGGAUACUUCGUUGGAAAACUGGCUAAAGAUACUAAAGUUGUUUAUGAAAAUAAAAUCAGGAAAUUAGAUGAAGACUCCAAGAAAUUGAAAGAGAUUUUGGUUCAAAAAAAUGAUAUUUUAAACAGUAUUAAUUUGGUUUUAAGAAAUAAAAUGAUUGAAUACGAAAAACAGCAAGAAGGUAAAGAGUAA